AAGUCAAAUCGUUACCAAAAAAAAAACAAAAAUGUUCCUAGCCAAGUUGCUGCUACUGUGCACCGCCUGUGUCCUAGUUAUAGGCAACCCUGAGCCAUUUGGAGGUUUUACCAAAUUGGAGGGGCAGGCUCUGAUAGAUGCCCAGCAAUUAUUGAAUACCGCUCUGGCUAAAAUGGAUUCCGGAGAUGGACCUCAUUACCGCCUCUUGAGGGUCGUGGAAGCCUACUCUCGGGUGGUUGAAGGCACCUCCUACAAAUUCACCGCCGUGCUGAUCGACGAAAAUGACGUUCAAAAGAUAUGCCAAGUGGACAUCUUGAAUCGCAUCUUGAACCUACCAAUGGUGGUCACUGUCAAGUGCCCCAAUGAGGCCGAACUGACCAAGCAGCAAAGUGCCUAAAGAUCAAAAAUGAAAAUGUAUACAAUUUUAAAAAUUGCAUUAAAAAUCUAAAACAAAAU